UGGGCUCCACCCAGCUGCUCGGGAUCGGCUCUGUUCCGGGAAAUGUUCGAGUGCAACGCGGAGUCUCGCGGGGCCCAAGACCCACUCUGAACUAACUCCUCUUUUCCACGACACAAAGGACGGAAUUCGCGUUUUGAACUCUCCGUGGGACCCUACACUCGGCAACAUGUCCAGAUCGGACUACCCUCCAGGGUACGAUGACUUCCACGGGCCACCGUACGCACCCCAGGGCGGCGGUUACCCAGCACCCCCUGCGUACGGCUUCCCGGCCUUCGGCGGACCUCAGCCGGGCCAGCCUCCUGCUCCCUACCCGACCAGCCCAAACGCGCCUCUUUACCCGGGUCAGCCUGGCUAUCCUCCCGGUCCGUACCCAGGACAGCCUCAUCCGGCUGGGCCUCCCGGAGCCGGCUAUCCCGGUCAGCCCCCGAUGCCUCCCAUCGUCCCACGGACCAUCCCUGCGGAUGUGAUCAACUCUGAUGAUGAUUUUGCCGCCCGGGGGAGCGAUUGGGACAGUCUGAGCAUUCGGCACGCCUUCAUCAGAAAGGUCUAUUUGAUUCUGGCCUCGCAGCUCCUCGUCACGACAGCCAUUGUGGCCGUUUUCACCUUUGUCGAACCGGUCCGAUAUUUUGUACAGCGGAACCAGGCCAUUUACUGGGCAUCAUAUGCUGUGUAUUUCAUCACCCACAUUGUGUUGGUGUGCUGCAAGGGCCCCCGGAGGAAGCAUCCGUGGAACUUGAUAUUGCUCUCCAUCUUUACUCUGGCGCUCUCUUACAUGACUGGCUCCAUAUCCAGUUACUAUGAUACAAAGGCGGUGUUUCUCGCUUUGGCGAUCACUGUUGUCGUCUGCAUCGCUGUCACCGUCUUCUGCUUCCAGACCAAGGUGGACUUCACCAAAUGCCGCGGCUUCUUCUGCGUGCUUGGCAUUGUCGUCUUUGUGACGGGCAUCAUCACCGUCAUCGUGCUCUCUUUCAAAUAUAUCUACUGGCUUCACAUGCUUUACGCCGCUAUUGGAGCCAUAGCUUUCACUCUGUUCCUGGCAUACGACACGCAGCUCCUCAUCGGUAACAGGAAGUACUCCAUCAGUCCUGAGGAAUACGUGUUUGCCGCACUUAAUAUCUACGUCGACAUCAUUCAGAUCUUCCUCUUCCUGCUCCAAAUUAUCGGUUCGAGCAAAUAAGUCUUUGGGGAUACGCAAGCAGUCAUAUCGACAUAGUUGCUGCAAUACCACCCCGUGCCGUUGAAAGCCUUUGCUUUGUUUCCAUGCGUAACUCUCGAAUGUAAAUCAGGUAAAUCAUGCUGCACUCAACGACUAUUACUUAAGGGCUGAAUUUGAGAUUUGAUGACUGUGCAAGACAUUCCGACGCACUCACAUAUAGUAUAUUUCUACAUUUAUACGCCUAUUUAAAAAAAAAAAAGAAAAAAAGUAUUCCAGUGUGAAAUUAUUGCCAUUUUUGCUGGCUUGAAGUAAACAACUGUAUUUUAUAUCUACGUGUACAGAUGUAGCGCUGAAACGUCUCUAUGACGUCUGUUGAUGUUUCGCCGGGUUGUUUGGAACUGUUAUGCGCCAGUUGGACCUGUGCUUGAGGGUCGGUUAAAUAGAAGAACCGUUACUGGGUUACUUGCAUUAAAUAAUACUGUAUGUUUGUCGCAUAGCGUGUCUUUGCCGGUCUCUUAUGUUGCCUGUUGCAAUACGGAAUGACAGUUUGUCCACACCUUGCUUUUCCACACUCUUAGAAAGUCACACCUAAGCACAGUAAUGAGUGUGGGGCCGGCAGGGGUCACCAGGAUGUUGUUAUUGCCAAGGAGUGUUGUUUGGAGAGAUUGUUGGAAAAUGUGAGAUUUGUGAAAAGUGUUUCGAAAAUGUACACACCUCCAGCGAUUUGUGAAGUGUUACACUUUGGUGCCACACACACACUAUUUUGUCAAAUCAUUAAUUACUGUGAGAAAUUAGUAGGGUCUUCACAUAGAUGAAUACAAUACCAUACGUUAAUUACAGGUCAUUUAAAAUUUGCUCAGAUCUUCCGGAAGGUUGGUGAUCCCUGUGGUGUGGUUUAUAAAUAUAUUGCUCGGCUUUUCAUAUAUAAUAAAUAAUUUUAUUUGUG